ACUAGAAGAUUCCUCAGCGUCUUGAUAUCCCUCCAGGCCGUGUCCUCUCUCCUGCUAAAUGCUUGGCUCGGUUUAAUCCCUGUGUCUCGUCAGGCCCUUUUAAUAGGAGCCUCAUCUCAAUGUCCGUGCACAACUGGAGCAGCCCGCGGGUUUAUCUGACGGAUAUAGAGUUUCAGGCGACAAGCUGAACCCCUCUUGGCUUUAACUGUACCCGUCUGUCUUGUAAAAACGCAGAGGGAGAAGGUGCUGCCUUUGUGUCACUCUAACCUCUCUUUCAUUUCUACUUCCUCUUUCUAUUCUUCAGCACGAUCGAGGCCCACCAUGGCUGCGCCGAGCUCCAGUGGACUCGAGGUCCUCAUCAGCACAUUGCAGAAUGCUGGAGACAAGGAGAACAUGCUGAACAUCCUCAACGUCCUGGAUGAACUGUUGUCAGCAGGCACAGACAGACGGAUUCAUCACAUGAUAUCGAAAGGAGGCAGCGAGGCCCUGCUGACGGCUCUGGUGAACUCAACCCGCAGCUUCACUCCCAACUACACCAUCCUACUGCCGUUGCUGCACCUGCUGGCCAAAGUGGGCUACCGUGAUCGUCAGAUUGGUCUGAAAGCACAGAAGGCAGAUGCAGUUCUGGUGGUUCUGGGUUUGCUGCAGCAGAAUAAAGAGAACGCCCGGAGAGCCGCGGCCUGUCUUUGGGUUCUCAGAGUCUUCUGCUCCUCUGUGACCACCGCUGACCUGCUGGGGAAGAACCGAGGGCUGGAUGUGGUCUUCAAACUUAUGUCUCCACACAGCUCGAAGCACCUACGCACCGUCAAGGCGGCCGUCGACGCUUUUGCUGCAAUGUUAUGCUCAAAGGUCAACUGUCGGACUGCUGUUGCGAAAGGCUAUAUCGCGGAUCUUUUGAAGCUGUACGAAGACUGGGACAACAAUGAUGUCAACCUUAAGAACAUUCCUAUCCGUAGAGCCCUACUUCAUUGUCUGCAACGUGCCACCAACUCAGCUGUGGGCAGAGACGCCCUGGUCGCCGAAGGUGGCAUUAGUCUUCUCUUCCAGACCACUCAGACCUGUUUGGCCAUGAAAGGCCUCCAAUCUCUGGUGGAACCCGCGAUCCAGCUGAUGAGAAAGUGCAAUCCCAAAGUCCCUCUUCCACUGACCUCAGAUAAGAGCGUCUUCAGCUUUCCUCUUCCUGGGAGGCCUGUCGAUGACUGGGAUGCUGAUUUAGGACUUUACGAUGGAAGUUUAGAAGAUGACCGUGAGGAAGACGAGGAGAACGAGGAGCCAGACAACAGGGACUACGAGGAUGACCUGGAAACAGACGUGAACAAGCUGCGUCCUCGACCAGAGCCCGACCGGCCCCUAGAGCAGCUGGGCCAAUAUGUGCGCCUCUGCCCUGAGCUGCACCAUGACUUCCAGGAUUUGGACUCCAGCUCUGAGGUCGAUGAAAGCUCAGACGAUGACAGCACUCUGAUAGGAGAUUUGAAAGACGAGACACUGAGUGACCAGCGAGGCUACGAGCUGCCCUCCGACAGAAAUGAACACCAGGUCCAGAUGAGCGACUUCCAUAAGCAUUACCUCAAUUGCUCUAGGAAAGGCCGAAAAGGCCACUCUAGUAUGGUGGACAGGCUUCUGGAGAAGUACGGGAUCUGCAUUCCCAACCAUGAUCCACGUCUCUAUGCCGCCACUGCAGCCAAUACGAAGUCUAUAGCUGGAUACUCCAUACUAGCCUUCCCUGACUUCUGGGGACACCUGCCCCCACAAGAGCAAGAGCCCAUGGCUAAAAGACCACCACAUGUGCAAAGAAAGAAAGUUUUCGAAGACAUCCAGCGUCUCACCUGUCCAGAGGACAUCAUCAACAAGGUUGUUUUUGACAUGGACGAUCACAGUCCACAGUGUUCCCCCGAUAUGUGUCCCAGUUCCCUUCACUUCUUCUCCAAAUUUGAGAGCGGGAACCUGCAAAAAGCCAUUCAGGUCCGCAGUCAUGAAUAUGAUUUGAUUCUCAAUGCUGAUGUCAACUCCUCUGCAUUUUGUCAAUGGUUCUAUUUUGAAGUCAGCGGAAUGGUGGCCGGCGUGCCUUAUCGUUUCAACAUUAUCAAUUGUGAGAAGGGAAACAGCCAGUAUAACUAUGGCAUGCAGCCUGUGCUGUAUUCUGUGAGGGAUGCGCUGGAGGGCAGACCACACUGGGUGCGAACUGGCUCUGAAAUCUGCUAUUACAGAAAUCAUUUCUGCGCUAGAAAAGGUCAAAAAAGUUCUUUCUACACACUGACAUUCACGGUGACCUUUCAUCACGAAGAUGACGUGUGCUACUUGGCCUACCACUACCCUUAUACCUACACCACCCUUCAGACCCAUUUGAAAAUGUUGGAGAAGUCUGUAGACCCAGAGAAAGUUUUCUUCAGGCAACAAAACCUCUGUGACACGCUGGCGGGAAACUCCUGCUCCUUAGUCACGAUCACAGCCUGCCCCACUUCCAGAGCCUGGAAACAUCUGCACCAGCUGCGUAACCGGCCAUGUGUGGUGCUGACAGCAAGGGUUCAUCCAGGAGAGAGCAAUGCCAGCUGGGUACUGAAGGGCACGCUGGAGUUCCUGUGCAGCAGAGAUCCUGUAGCCGAGAGCUUGAGAGAGGCCUACAUCUUCAAAAUCAUCCCCAUGCUCAACCCUGACGGGGUCAUUAAUGGCAAUAAUCGCUGUUCUCUCACCGCUGAGGACCUCAACAGACAGUGGCUGAAGCCGGACCCUAAUUUAAGCCCCACAAUUUACCACACCAAAGGCUUCCUCUAUUACCUCAACAGCAUAGGCAGGACACCACUGGUGUUUUGUGAUUACCAUGGUCACUCCAGGAAGAAGAAUGUGUUUCUGUAUGGCUGCAGUAUGAAGGAAACCCUGUGGCAAUCUGGAUCUCCCAUUAACACGGCCUCCCUAAAAGAAGACCCGGGAUACAGGACCAUCGCUAAAACUCUGGGCCGAAUAGCUCCUGCAUUUUCCUUCAACAACUGCAAUUAUCUGGUGGAAAAGUCUCGCGCGUCCACAGCCCGGGUGGUCGUUUGGAGGGAGAUCGGAGUCCUCCGAAGCUACACCAUGGAAAGCACUUACAAUGGCUGCAAUCAAGGCAUCUACAAGGGGUUGCAGACAGGGACACGGGAGCUGGAGGAGAUGGGAAUGAAGUUCAGUCAGAGUCUUCUCACCCUCAGGAGGAACGCCAUCCAUUAUAACAGCCGUCUGAUCCAACACGCAUCUGCCCUGUUGGACCUGGACGACAGGCUUCUCAACCACAAAUCCAAUAAUUGUUUUGAGGACGAUGAGCCGCCAUGCAUGGAGGAGAUUGAAUACUCAUCCUGCAGUGACCCGUUUGAUGCCAACGAACUGGACACAGAGGUGAACGGUAACACUUCCAGCGAAGAGGAUGAAGAAGAUGAAGAUAUCUGUAGGAACGGGAGAAUGUGUAACGACAGGAAGUCCCACCUCGUUCCUUGCUACUUGAAACAGGAUGUCCUGGAGACUCUGACAAUCAAGGGUGGACAGUGUAACGGCAGUAAUGGCUACUUAUAUUAGGCCUUUUUUGUUUUUCUUUUCUGUUAUUUAUAAUUUAUAUUAGGUUAUCAUAAGGGUGAUACUGAAAUAUUUAGUGUUUAGUCCAUGAAACAAAACAAGUCAUGCACACCUGCAGAACAUUUACUAGUCCAACCUGAGCUCCCUGAUAUAAACUAUAUAAAUAUGUAUUUCCUGCAUAAAAAUGCACUUGAAGAGUAAAUGAUUGUUGCAUAAUCCUAACAGCAUGAUGAGCUCAUGCUUUGGUCUAUGCGGUGAUGCAUUGUGGGUUUGUUUACGAAUUGCUCUUAGUGUAAACUAGAGGCUGGUAGAUUCCUGACAGAAGUACUCUGCUAUAUAACUGCUCUACCAAUGAAACUCUUGAUAUUGUAAGACAGCACUGCAUAUAAAGUUUACCCUUAAUUAUAUAUUUAUUAUCUUACAUUGUGAAAAUCAGUAAUCAUGUAUGUUUUUUGUGGUUAUUAGUUUCUAAAGUGAUACACAGUAUAUAUUUGAAAAGUUAAUUUGC